AUGAUUAGACGUGUUGGUGUUGUUACCGAAUAUGAAGCGAAGAGGUUCGAUGAAAGCAUUUGGGAUUCAUUUAAUAAACACGGAAGGCUUAACUUGGGAAAACGCAUUAGCUGUGUAGCCACGAACUUCAAGUUGCCUCAUAAAUAUGCGAUUCCCACUGGUCGAUCGGUAAUUAUAUUCAAAGCUGAGACGGAUAAAAAGCACAGAAGAAUAACUGGUUUUCAGAAACAAGUAACUACUUGCAAUUAUCGUGCUGAUGGAAAGCUGAUUGUCGGCGGUACUGACAAUGGGUUUCUACAUUUUUGCACGACAGAUAAAAGCUCUUAUCACUUGAAGAAGUUUCAGGCCCACAAUAGUGAAGUGCUUCAUGCCGAUUUUUUGCCCGGUGGGCUUAAAGCUAUGUCCUUGGGAAAAGAUGGUUUUGCCAAACAAUGGGAUGUAGCUCUUGGCCAGUUAAUUACAAAAUAUCCAGUUGGGCUGGACAACGAACCCCCAAGUUGCAUGUCUGUUGGUAGGGUUAACGAGAACCUUUUCUGCGCUGGUGAUUUCACUGGAGCAGUUUCACUUUUUGAUUUGCGGCAAAGUUCUCCUGCUCACAAGUUCAAUCUUCGUUCCAGUCCCUCUUCACUAAAAUUUGCCUACGAUGAUCAGAUCAUUGUCUCUGCUGCAGAUCAAUAUGUGUACACUUGGGAUGUAGCAACUCGUAGACCUUGGUUACAGACAAAUUUGACAUCGUCAGAUCCAUUAGCACAUCCUGGUGUCUACAUGCACUACAAAUUGAUAACAGACAUGGCUAUCAUUCAUUCUCCGGAUGUACAUCAAGAUCCGCUUUUACUCUCUGUUGGAAUGGACAGAUUGCUGCGAAUUUCCAGUCUCAAGAGUGCUGACGUCUUCCACCAGGAAAGACUGCCUUCUCCUUGUACUGCUCUGGCCGCUUUCUCAGACUUGCGGUAUGUAGUGGUAGGAAUGGAGUCGGGUGUGGUUCGUACCUUUUCCUUCGUCACUCCCUCCACCCAGAUGGCCUUGAAGGCCUCGUCAAGUGCAAAGGAACAGGAGGCCUUUUCAGUCAUCGACCCGGAGAUGCGUGAACUGGCUGCGUCCUUCUCUAAUGCAGGCAAGAAGACACAAAUGUCGGAGAAGGAUCUGACUGCCGAUGAGUGGUUCAAGACACCCGCUCCGCCCUCUGGCGGAUCUCGUUUCGCCCCCAAGGACUGGGGAUUCAGUGGAUCACGAGCUCCGCUUAUCCAUGAGCACACGGAGAUCUCACGAAACCUCUUCGUGGCCAAGUCCUCGAAGGAGCCGGCGUCGAUAGCCCGUCUCACUGGCAGUCUGCUUCGUUUCCAGCACACGAAGGCGCUGAGUGAGGCAUUACGAGUCGGGGUUGCUCCAGAGAUGGCGAAAGCAGCCGUGGUCGCGGUGGUGCGCGAGUUAGCGCGUCGGGCCACCCUCAGUGCCGCUGUGGCUGGCCAAUCGGAAGCGGAUAUGAAUCGUCUCCUUCGAUUCAUUCGACUCAACAUCUGGCAUCCAAGCCUCACACCCACCUGUGUCCACCUCUUGAGGACUGUCACAAAGGUGUUUGGUCGGCCGACGAUGAAGAAAAAUGAGGAGUACCAAAGGUCAUGCGACAUUCUCGAUCGAAUGUCCUCCAACAUGGAGUCGCUGAAUUGUCUCGCUGUCAGGAUGCGUGCCCUUCUCUAUCCCAGUGAGGAAGCUUCUGCCGCACAAUUUCUCGAAGUGAAAGCCAAGCAGGCUCCUGCCGAGGCUCCUCCUCCUCCUCCUCUCACUGGGAGGAGGAAGAUGAAGGAGUCAAAAACUACUUCCAAAACAAAGCACACAAGGGGUGGAAGGAAAAAGAAGACCGAAGGUGCUGGAGCUAAAUACCAAGACAAGAACAAUGAGAUUGAAGAAGAAACGGCGGUCGAAAAAUUGCCAGAAGGGGAAGAAGUUUCAACGUCAAUAAGUGAGGCGUUGAAAGGGGUAGUGGAUCUUCCUCCAAAAGAGAAAGUUGUCGUAAAAUCUUUAGUUACGAAAGAGGAUAUGACAUCUGAUACCGUGGAACUUAAGAAAACGGAGCAAACUGUUGCUAAUUUUGAGGCGGAGGAGAAGCAGCCAUUGUCCGUAGAUGAGACAGAUGGUAAUUCUAAGAAAAGAAUUAGAAAAAGACGAAGACCGUCGCGAAGGUCUAGCGAAAUUGGAAUGGAUAUCUCAGAAUCGUCAAUGAAAAGCUGUCUCAUAGAUGAGAGUGAGGGUGAUGCUGUAUUGACUCCUUCUGCAAAGAGACGGAAACCCUGA